AUGAAACUUCAGCAUUAUCGGUCAAUUCCCAAAUCAAAGGCGAAAGGGAUUAAAACAAAAAGACCCCGCACAUUUUGUAAUAAAGAUCAUUGGGAUAAUGAGUGUCAGGUUUACUCAACAGUAAAACAAAGGACGAAACGUUUGAAGGAAUUAAAGGAAUUUGAACUUCACAAGACGACGGACAGAAAACGUUCCUGUUUUUACUGCAAAGGCCCUCACAACACAGCACUAUGCGAAGAGAAGUAUCAAGGGCACGACGAAUCAAAAAAAGAAGAAGCCAAAUCCGUGAACGUCAAUAUUACAAACAAAAACCAAACGGAUCAAAGGGAAAAAGAAGUUUUACUUCUAUGCAGAAAAGUCAAUGUUAUCAAUCCAGUUAAUCAGGAGAUUCAAAGCGAAGCUAUAGUACUCUUCGAUACUGGUGCGCAAACAUCGUUUGAAAUUAGAGAUUCGCGUAAAGCACCUGAAAUGAAAUUAGUCUUUUUGAUACAUUUCGAUUUACAAACGAAACUCGUGAAUGUAGUUCGACAGCACAUUAUUGAUAUGCAUGCAGCACGAAGACGAUUUUCUUCGAAAUUGUUCGAUGAUGAUCUGUACUAUCUUUUUGGCAUCAGGCUAUUUUUUCGUCUUAAUAGAAGGAAAGACCAAAUAAGCACAAAAGAAAAAAAUUCCAAGUCAAAAACCAUAAGUCAUAAGUUCCAACCAGAAUUCGUCUUAACUGAUUGCUCAUCCUUAUGCAUUAAUUUCUUAAAGCUAAAUACGUAUGGAAGUGAGGAGUUGGAUGUAUUAGCCAACACCGAAAGUCGCUACAAAAAAGUGGAGCUUUCAUUUGCGAUACAUAAUGAGUACUUGGUUAUUCUUAGGCAAAAUAUUGACUAUAUUACAGUAGCUAUAUUAGAGUUUCUUCGAAAAGCCGCAUGCCGCAUAAAAAGAAAUAGCAUGCAAUAA